AAAGAGACUUUAGCCAGAUAGCCACUUACCACACUCCAAGGGCCACUCACCUCACAACACAUUGUGGGACAGGAACAAGUGUGGGUCCUCUGGGGCAGUAAAGUCAUUGCUACUGAAGAUACCCCUUACAUCACAGAUACCCCAGGUCAGGCAGACCCAAUGCAGAAGAUCAUGGAAAACUCUCAGAGGUUCAGGAUUGAUGCCCUACUGGCGGAGGAGCGCCCCCUUCUGUUACCCCACCAGAGCAGAGAGCACCAAAUGUCUCAGUCAGCCUCACUGGCUCAGCUGUUUCCCAAGGCUGGCUUCCUGCCUCUGCCCAGCCUGUACCCAACUCCUUUAUAUCACCUGCCUACCCUGGGGGCCCCACAUCCAGCUUUCCAAUACAGCGGCUUCUCUGGGGGCCCUGCUCUUGGGAGCGACCACCUCAAGGCAGCCUCACUGCCCCUGGAGCACUGGCUGAGGGCUGGACUUCUCCUGCACAGAGGACAUGACCUACACUCCUCUAACCAACCCGGCCUGAUUGGAAAAUGCAGACGGCCCAGAACCGCCUUCACCAGUCAGCAACUCCUGGAGCUGGAGAAUCAAUUUAAACUUAAUAAAUAUUUAUCACGACCCAAGCGUUUCGAGGUGGCGACUGCUCUCAUGUUAACUGAGACUCAGGUAAAAAUCUGGUUUCAGAACCGCAGGAUGAAAUGGAAGCGGAGUCGAAAGGCUAAAGAACAAGGGCCAAUCUGCCAAGGAGACAAACCAAGAGGUGGAGGAAAGAUAGUAACUGAAAAUACACAGAAUGAAGAUAUAGAGGAUGAAGAGGAAGAUGGAGACUUUCACAGUCCUGAUCGAAGCACGGACAUCUUGAGGCAUACCGCACAGCUGAGCUACAGCCCUGAAUCCUUAAGCUCAGAAGAAGACAAUAUUACUGCACCUUCUCCAUGAGAUGGAACACCUUGGAUGUUUUCAUGGAUAGAUAGACUUCAGGUGCUCAACAACACCGAACUUCAUUUUAUUUAUUUAUCAAAGCCCAUAAAAUUCCACUCAAAUGUGGAGAGUAAAGACAUAGCAAUGAUAUUUAAUUUAUAUGUAUUUAAUGUCUAAUUAUCUGCCAUGGGAACUAUGAGUUGGGUUGGGGCUAAAAAAAACAUAUAUUUAGUUUUCUGGUGAUAUAAUGGUACUAGUGAAGAGUGAUACAGAACAUGGGAACAGCUCAGAACUGAUCUAUUAAUUCCUGAACUUUAUGUUGGAAGUUGGCCAGAAGUGGCUGGACGAUUUCUGGUGGUCAUUGGUCUACUGGGCCAUUUCUGAGCACUCUCUCUGGAUUUUCCCAUAGUUUUAUGUGUUGUGAGUGAAGACAGGACUGACAAAUAUUCUUAGGACUUGUUAUAUUCAGCCUGAAGAAGUGUAUAUAGAGAUAUUGCCAUUCCUAUCAAGCAAUGAUCAUUACCUAAGAAAUCAUAGCAAUAUAAUGUGCCAAAUAUACACCCAUUGAGAAACACUUUGCUGUCUAUACUUUGCUGUCUAUAUAAUCUGUCUAUGAGCAUAUGGUAACCAACAGUUUCUGAGAAAGAUUCCAAAUGUCUGAGAGAGUUCAACACCUUUCAUGAUAAUGACAUCCUCACCACCAGGUUUGCACUCAUCCCAGGGCUAUGCUAUUAUGUCUGUGUUAGAGUCAUAUAAUUGCACCUGUACAUCAAGUGGUUCUUUUGGUUAAAACAAAAACACAGUUUGGCCUAUAUUGAACAUUGGCACUUCACAACAAUAAAAGGCCUGUCUUAUAUAUAAGCGUCUUAAAAGCAUUGUUGGGCAAAAUUGGUUUAUAGGCCAUCCUUCAGAAGAUAUUGAAGAGAGACUUAUGAAAUGAUGACAUAAACUAAUUAUAAUGUUUUAUCUCAAUAUAU